ACAUGUCGGGGAAGGGACUCUACGCAUUCAACACCACGAUCACAUGUGAUGCCGACCUCUGGAUGUCAGUCCAUGUUUCCUGGGGUCAUGUCAUGACUAGUGGGUAUGGCGGGGGAGCCCUCUCCGUCAGCACCUGGAAGCAAAACUUCGGCUUGCUUGGAGACUCCAGCUAUACAUUAGAACCGUGGUUCCCGACACCAGUGCCCGGACGACCAGCUCGUGGCACCCCUGAUAACCACUACAACAAGGCCCACACCGCCAUGCGCAAUGUUGUGGAGUGGUGCAUCGCUGUAAGCUUGUGCACAGCUGCUCAAGCAUCAUUGCUGCUUGUGCAGCUCUGCACGACAUUGCGUUGGCGGCACAUGAGCCUGUUCUCGAAGGAAACGAUGACACUGACGAUGCUGACUGCUGCCAGCAGCAGCUGAGCUACCACCACCACCACAACGGGAGCCAGCAGCAGCGCAACCGUGUAGUGAACCUGUUUCGAGAACUACAGGGCCUGCAUGCUUGAGCACCUGCGCAGAGUACGCCGCCGCCUGCAACGACCUCGGCAGCAUUGCGUGGUGCCUUCCGCUGCAAUGAGGGCCCGGGCGAGGGUACCAACGCCUUGCAAUUUGUGGACCGCGUCACCGAGAAGUUGAACCUGACGCAGCUUUCCAAUGAUGCCUGGCCCUGCCGCCUGGUGUUUGCGGCUAGUAACUCCAGCGCCUCGGCCUGCCGGUUGCCCCCAUCUCGCAGCUGCGGCAUGAGCUGGAA